UCCACAUCUCUUCAUUCCUGCACUGGCUCCGCUUCUCUUCCCUCUUUUUGUUUAUUCCCCUUCAUUUCCUCCUUCUCUGUCCUCCUCCUCCUCCUCUAUCUUCCUCCUCUUCAUCAACAUCUUUUCAUUCUCCAUCCUUGAACAUGCACCUCACGUGAAGUCUGUCAACUUGCACAGCCGGUGGAUGUAAGCCGGGUGAAGAAAAGAAAGAGGAACAAGAAGGAGGAGGAGAAGAGGAAAGAAAAACAAUAGCCUGAGGCAUUAAUGAUCUGUCGUGGGAUAAGAGGAGAAAACACGCACGUUUGCAUCUUUCAUUGAGCGUCUUGAACGGAGCAACAGCAUGGAUCUGUCAUUCAUGGCUGCGCAGAUCCCGGUUAUGACCGGAGCUUUCAUGGACUCCUCACCCAAUGAUGACUACAGCGGCGAGCACUCGCUCUUCAACUCCUCGGCCAGUGUCCAUGCCGCUGCCUCGGCUGCGUCCGUGCAAGGUCAGCAGGAUGAGUCGCAGUCCAUGUCCAGCGACGCCAUCUGGCUCUGGAUCGCCAUUGUCGCCACUAUUGGAAACAUAGUGGUUGUGGGCGUUGUCUACGCCUGCACUUUCUGAAGAGCAUUGUUUAUAAAGACAAACAUGUACUCCUCCUGGUUUUUCUGGAUCUCCUCCCUGAGUGAGGCCUUGCUUUGCAGAUACAGGUGCACUCUCUCUCUAUCUGUCUAUGUUUCUCUCUUGCUUUCUAUCUGUCUCUCUCACUUGGCUUUUGGAUCAGUUCAAGGCCCUGAGGGUUUGGAGGUCGUGACACCAGACAAUGACAUAUAGACUAUAUGUCUUCAUCAGAUGGGAGGACUGGGACUGGGCUACAUCUGCCAUCAACAAUUGGGAGUUUGAGAAGAAGCUUUUGCAUACGACAGCUCUUUAGUUAAAAACAGAGACAACCGACUGCGCUCUCAACCGGCAAUCUGAGGAACUUUUUUUUUCAGCUUAAGUUUAUUUCCAUGUUUCAGACAACAAGCUCACUUGUACUGCAGAGCAAAGACUGGAGAGUAAAUGGGGCUGAAGAUUCAGGUUGAUCCGGGCCAUCUCAAACAUGCACCGCAUACUUGCUAAGCAGUGCUGUUUAAUUAUGUGGCUGGAGAGAUGGUGAAUGUUAAAACAUUUAGAAAGCGCUGGGAUUAUUUUCAUGUCAGGCAGCCCUACGGGCCAGGAUGUUAGGGCUCAUUUAAGGACUCAUUCGUGGAUGAAGCAUAGUUUGGACACUGAUCAUUAGUGUAUAUAGAAUGUUUCUAAAAAGUUUUACUGACAGGAAACUCCCUUUGGUACACACUUAAAAUCUCAAUCAAAUGUUAUUUCUGCAAUGCCAACUGACUUUAUAAUUCUAUUCUGUGAAAACUAAAACAGCCCCUUUCAAAUUAAUGGUCUUAUUGUCAAGUACCCGCAAUAUUAUCUACCAGGGAUUAUUAGAAAGUAUAAUUGUAAUGUCAUGCUCUGUUAUGUUUAAAUAGUCUACAGAUAUCUACAGAUGUUAAUUAAAUAGAAUUAGAAGCACAAAUUCUUUACUUCUUCACCUUUUUUUCAGUAAAUUACUCUUUUUUUCUUUACUUAGAAACAAUUACCGUCAGUAACAGACAAUAGAAGUUCCCGAUAUCACCCACAUGUCAGGGCAGUUGUGGAAAAAUGGUGCAGUGUGUGUCUCCAUAACAUCACGAAACACUGACCAGAUCUCAAGUGAACUUUGUGAUCCACGUGUAUAUCAGUGUAAGGGGGAAGUGAUGCCUCAGUUUGAAAAUGAAAUUUGGUUUUUAUAUCAAGCUGCUGCUCCGUAAAUUACUUUUGUGUUACUGUGGAAUCUGGAGGCAGCUGUCUCCAUGGCAACUAAUCCUCAUCCUAAUUGGGAAUAAUAGCCUUUCUUUCAGUCUCGAGCAUAACGCUGCAGCUACAUAUGCAAUUAAAGCAUUUUCAAAGAAAGAAAAUACAAGACACUGCAUUUGUACUGCUAUUAUAACUGGUAGAAAUUGGCUUUAAAUCUGCUAAGUGACGUUUUGUGCUUUGCUGACAGUUUCUUCCCCUUUUAACGAACACGUUUUACAAAG